GUUGCGUAGGCUGCGCCGCCAUACACAGGAGGCGGAAGUGGGGCGCUCCGUAGAAAGAUGGCGCUGGCCGUGUUUUUCGGCUGCACCUUUGUGGCCUUCGGGCCGGCUUUGUCCCUGUUUAUCCUCACUAUCGCCGUGGACCCGCUGAAAGUCAUCAUUCUGGUGGCCGGCUCCUUCUUCUGGCUGGUAUCGGUAUUGCUGUCCUCCUUGAUUUGGUUCAUUUCUGUCCAGAUCAGCAACAAGAAUGACGCCAACCUGCAGUACGGACUGUUGAUAUUCGGUGCAGCCGUGUCUGUUCUGCUACAGGAGACUUUCAGAUAUGCCUACUAUCGCUUACUCAAGAAAGCAGAUGAGGGUCUUGCUACGAUCAGCGAGGAUGGAAGAUCGCCAAUAUCUAUUCAGCAGAUGGCCUAUGUUUCCGGCUUCUCCUUCGGGAUAAUCAGCGGGGUGUUCUCUGUCAUUAAUAUACUGGCGGAUGCUAUUGGCCCUGGCAUUGUGGGAGUGCAUGGCGACUCGCAGUAUUACUUUCUUACUUCAGCAUUCCUUACCAUGGCAAUUGUUUUCCUGCACACCUUCUGGGGCAUUGUGUUCUUUGCGGCCUGUGAGAAGCGGAAGCCUCUGCACAUCAUAGGAGUGGUCCUCAGUCAUCUGGUAGCUUCUGGGCUGACUUUCCUGAACCCUAUGUAUGAAGCCAGUCUGAUUCCCAUUUACAUAAUCACCCUGGGCAUGGCAUUGUGGGCUUUUGUGGCCGCAGGGGGCAACUAUCAAAACAUCCGAAAAUGCCUCGCUUGCAGACGGCAAGAAAGUAACCAGGUUAUGGUAUAUUCUGCUCUUCAGGUGCCCGCUGAGGACUGAGGCCCCAGCUCAGCUGCCGUGCAGCCACGAACAGACAUUGUAUAACAGAGACACACCGUCCAAGUGCUCCUCUCUCCCAGAAGCCGGCUCCCAUUCCUCCGCCUCUCCAGACGAAGUCAAGGACGUUACCCCUUCUCAUUGAUUUGCCUCCUCUCGUCUUAACGUGCCGGCGCUGGGGCCUACUCAGGCUGCGCAGAGCAAUCUGGCAUUGCUCGCACACUCAACCAAGUACAAUAGCAGGACUCUGGAACACACACACGUGCCAUCCCUGGAGCGGAACCUCCACUUACACCUGUAUCUGUUCUUUGUUUCUACUGGGUCAUUCCAUCUCUAGAUUUUCUUUUCAGACGGUCAAGAACCGAUUGUCUGUUCUUUCCUGUUCGAUGUGAGCUGAGAGUUUCCUUUCUGUUUGGCGUCGGCUGGGAGUUUCCUGCCUCCUUCGACAUCGACCGAGAAUUUCCUUUCUGUUCGACGUCGGUUUGACAUCCGUCUGAGAGUAGCUUUGAGGAACGCUGAUACUAAUACAACUGGGUGGCGCUGCUAUUGGACUAUACCUCUGGCCUCUGGGCACGGAACGGAUUGUGUCUCCUUCCUUUCAGCUUUCACAUCUAGAACAGUCCAAGGUGAGACUGUUCCUCAGGUAGAGGGGACACAGUUGCACUGUAUUUUCUUUUUUUAAUCUAUCCCCCUUCCCAACCCUUACGGCAAAUGUCUACACUGGGUUCCCUGCAGCCAUUCUUGUGACUGGAAGGAGGGACUCCUCAAUAAAAUGUGUUUUGAUUGGUCGGACUAAUAAAUCGGUAAUCUGUAUACCAAUAUUAAUCAUUAUGACUGCAGCUGGUUAACCCUUCAUGCAAGCCCCGAGCAACUCAGAGGCCACACCCUUCUCUUUGUUCCAGAUUAAUACUUUGUCGUGACUUAAUUCUGUUUCACGUUUCUGCUGCUGAUAAACGGAAUCAGCGGUUGGCUAAUAACGCCGAAAAUGUAAAUGACUUUUACUGAUACAAUACAAAAUGUCUUUUUAAUCUACCAGCAGGCUUUGUGGUUGGCAGACAUACCCAUAUGUGUUCAGAUGCCCAUGGCAGUUUCUAUGUCCUGCAUUGAUCUGUAUACACAUGCCCAAGCUGAACCUGAGAGAUAACCAGUGAGGAUGUGUAACAUAUUCCAUUGAGGUAUUUUGAUUUGAGUUGGUACAGACAUGCUAAACUAAUGGCAGCACUGAAAAAAAAAAAAAAAAUGUCCUCCGUGCCAAGUGUGCUUUCUGCUCUGUAGAGUUCUCCAGUAUAAGAGUUGUGUGCAGAUGUCCCUCCUGUCUUGUAAAGCGCUCAGAAUGGGUCAUUUAUAAACACUGGGUAAACUUGCACCUGGGCAGCUACCCAUGACAACCAAUCAGAUGUUUGAUUGAGCCCCAGUGUGUGCAAAGUAUAAGGAAGUCCCUCCCCCUGAGCAGAAGGCACACUCUUCAUGGAGAGCUAACUGAUCACUGGGCAAUUAAAGGCCAAGGAAACCAAAAGAGUUCACUGGUGCUUUAAACAGACCCGCAGAGCUUAGCUGUAUUAGUUGCUAUGUACCCAUGGCCUCGUUUCUUUCUUUGCAAGGGGAAAUAUAUGUAUAUUACUAAAUUCCUCCAUACCCCAAGCCGCCAGUGUCCAACCAGUAGCUUGCCUGGCUCCUUGACUGCAGCUUGGGAUACUGGGAGUUGCAGUACAACAACAUCCAGAAACCUUGCUGUUGAAAUGCAAUGUGCUUGUUGAGUCUCAAUAUUCUCUGGCCUGUUGGUCUGUAAUUGUAAUAAUUACUGGAAAUUAACCAUGGGGGGUAUUUGGUAUAACAACAAAGGCAUUAAUACACCUGUAUUCUGUGUGACACCUCCCCCCACGGUGGGGGCAAACCCCCACCAUUACUUUACUAUGCACUCAAAGCAGGGGAGACCCCCCCCUACCCAAGGGGAAGCGGCUGCCGGUUCUUCCCUUUCAUCAGCAGGUAAUAUCUGAGCUCAGAAUGUAAAGUGCUGCCACUGUUCUUACAGCCCUGCAAUACAUUUUCUGGAAUAAAACAAGUCUGUUGCCAUG